AUGGGAGGCGGCUGGUGGUGGUCUCGGGUCGCCCGCCUGACCCUACUCCGCUUCCGGGGGUCGCUGAUGCCGCCACAGCGGCCCCGGAGCGGUGGCGCCCGGGGGUCCUUUUCCCCGGGCCACGGUCCCCGCGCCGGAGCUUCGCCACCUCCCGUGUCCGAGCUGGAUCGCGCGGACGCUUGGCUCCUCCGGAAGGCUCACGAGACAGCCUUUCUCUCCUGGUUCCGAAAUGGCCUUCUGGCAUCUGGCAUCGGGGUCAUCUCUUUCAUGCAGAGCGACAUGGGCCGGGAAGCUGCCUAUGGCUUCUUCUUGCUGGGCGGCCUGUGUGUGGUGUGGGGCGGCGCCUCCUACGCGGUGAGCCUGGCAGCACUUCGGGCACCCAUGCAGCUGUCGCUGGGGGGAGCUGCCGCGGGUAUAGCCACCGUGCUGGCUGUCAGCCUGCUCUGGGCUUGCGCCGUGGGCCUCUACAUGGGCCAGCUUGAGCUGGAUGUGGAACUGGUGCCCGAGGACGAUGGGGGGUCCACCUCCGAAGGCCCGGAUGAAGCAGGCCGGCCACCACCUGAAUAAGCAACAGGACCUCGGGCUGGCUGGCCCCAAGGACUAGGACAUUAAAACCUGACCCUUUGCCAGCUCGA